UAUAGCCUCAGUUGUCAGUCCGCCGAGUGGUUAAACGCAUCGCCGUUCGAGUCCCGCUUUGGGAUCGCCCCAUACGCAACCCGUGAAAGUUUGUGGAUACCAGUUUCAGUGGCUUUGUGUACAAUCUAUAUAUGUGAAAUUCAGCGCAAAAUCCCACCCUAAAAUAAAAUCCUCGGACAUCUGGCAGGCUGCCGCUUAGGCGGUUGAUUGCGCAAUGGUUUAUCACCAUCACAACCACGAAAGUCGGAUAAUACACUGCAGAAAACAAUUACUUUCCUGGCGCCGGAGGAGCUUGCUGUUAACCAUUUUUGUGGUGACAGCCACAGCGGUUUCACUGAUUUCACAAGAAGCCGAGGCCCACGAUCAGAAUGCUCCGCCGAUUCUCUAUGUUCGCGAGCGCAAUUGGCGAAUUUCGGAGACCGAGAAAGUCGGUCAGAUAAUAGAUCGAGUGCGGGCAGAGGAUCCGGAUGGCGAUGACCUGAUAUUUGGCAUCGAACCUCGAUUUAGCCUGCCACCGGGAAGUGGUGGAAAAGACGCUAGUUCAACGAAAACGAUACCCUUUCAAAUUGAUCGGGAAACGGGAGUAGUCACUCUCAACGAAAGUUUGGCGGGAAGGGCCGGUGAGAAUUUUCUCAUCUAUAUAACUGUCACCGAUGGCCUUUAUACGGCGAAAAAUGAGGUUUUCAUCAAUAUCUUGGGCGAGCGGGAGAACAGCUCGGGCUACCGACCGCAGACAUCGAUUUCGAACGUGGUGUCGCAGUUUCUGCCGCGUUUCGACCAGCUGCCCGGUGUUCAGUCCAUCCGGAAUGGCCUGCCAAAUAGCCGGCCAGGUGGGGGUGGUGGUCUAUAUCCACCGGUGCCGCAGAACAAUAUAUUCGGUCAGCCGUCAUUCGGUAACUUUUACCCACCGCCACCGCCGAAUAUUGGUGCGAAUGAAAGUGCCGAGGAGGAGGAAGAUGGGGUGACCACCACCACCACCACAACAGCCGUCAGAAGCAGCUCCACCACCACGCCGAAGAGUCGCACCAAACUGACGCCGAUAACUGCCAAUAAUUCGACGAGGGUCGAGCAAAUCCCCACGGAGAAGGAGACUACACCGAGUUAUAACAACAACACCAGCUCCAACAUCAGUCCCAUUUUCUCACUCAAGUCCGGGACAAUUCCGAUUGUGGUCACUGUUGGCGGCUUUUUUGCCGCCAUCGCCGUGCUGCUGGCGUACUUGUGCCGCCGACGGUUGUGUGCCAUCAGCAGGACCCUCAAGAAGUCCAAGGAGAAGGAGGAGCUGGCCAAGAAGUCCAAUCAGAGCCAACUGAGCAGCACGCUGACCGACGACAGCCGCAACUCGAUGGUCAUGCAGCAGUGGCAGGGCCCCGUGGCCUUCGCCAAUCGCUAUGUUCCCUGGGAGCGGGAUCAGCAGCUGGGCAUUGCAACAUCGCAGUUAUCAACAGGUGUCACAAACGGUGGCGAGUCCUCCGGAGUCGGAGUGUCCAGUGGUCCUGGGACAGGUGAGCCGGGAUCUCCUGGCUGCCUGGCAGGUGGAGCCGGAAGUCCUGGUGCAGCGGAAAAUGGUUUUGCCAACGGAGAGGCCAACGGCGACCGCUGGGAAUUCCCCAGGUACCGAUUGAAGUUCUUCAAUAUAUUGGGCGAAGGCGCCUUCGGACAAGUUUGGCGCUGCGAGGCCACCAACAUAAAUGACACCGAAGGCAUUACAACGGUGGCCGUGAAGACACUCAAGGAAAGCGCCACCGAAGUGGAUCGCAAGGACCUCUUAUCCGAAUUGGAGGUAAUGAAAUCUCUGGAACCCCAUAUCAACGUGGUUCGUUUGCUGGGCUGCUGCACGGAUAAAGAUCCCACUUUUGUAAUACUGGAGUACGUGAAUAGGGGAAAAUUGCAAACGUAUUUACGCAGCUCCCGCGCCGAAAGACACUAUGGAAAUACGCACGGAAAGUCAAAUAUUCUGACUUCCUGCGACCUAACAUCCUUCAUGUAUCAAGUAGCCAAGGGCAUGGACUACUUAACAUCUCGAGGGAUUAUUCAUCGGGAUUUGGCUGCUCGCAAUAUUCUUAUAACCGAAGAUCACACAUGCAAAGUGGCUGACUUUGGAUUCGCAAGAGAUGUAAUUACAUCGAAGAUUUACGAAAGGAAGAGCGAGGGCAAGCUGCCAAUAAGAUGGAUGGCAACCGAGUCGCUGUACGACAAUAUAUUCUCCGUUAAAUCGGAUAUCUGGAGCUUCGGCAUACUGAUGUGGGAAAUUGUUACUCUGGGAUCUACGCCUUACCCGGGAAUUUCUGCAGCAGAUGUUAUGCGGAAGGUAAGAGAUGGCUAUCGUUUGGAGAAGCCCGAGCACUGUCGUCGGGAACUAUACAAUAUAAUGUAUUACUGCUGGUCGCACGAUCCCCAAGAGCGUCCUCUGUUCGCGGAAAUAAUCCAGAUGCUGGACAAACUUCUCCACACCGAAAUGGAUUACAUUGAACUGGAGCGCUUUCCCGAUCACAACUAUUAUAAUAUCGUUAGUCUUAGUGGUGAAAAACUGUAGGGCCGCUUUUCUUAUGCACUGAACAUGAACCUGAAACCCCAUCAGCUUUAUUACCUCCAAAAAAGACUAUGGGAUGGCCCACUAAGAUAAUAGAGAGAGAGGUUAUACUGCCAUUACGAAUCACACUGUAUCUUCCUGGAUAUCAGAUAAGUCUAAAUACCAAAUGGUUUAGCAUUCAUGAGAGAAUCGUAUGCAUUAAAUUAAAAAGGCAAUUGUAAUUCCUCUUAAAUUGUAAGAUAAUUGCACCGUUCACGUUUUAUUUAUUUGAUUUGUAUUAUGUACUUUAAUUUAUCAACCGUGUAUAGAGUUAUGAAUGUAAUUUAUAUUAUUGUUAAACUAAAAAUAAAACUCAAAAUAAAUACCCAAAAAUUUGGAAA